CUAGAUUUGUGUUCACAACUAACGUCAAUCUGACAAACACACGUGUCAAAAAUCCAAACACAAAAUGCACAAAAAAAUAUAAUAUUAGAAACCCUUACAAAAAACAAUAUCCACAAUCAAACCAAUUCAACAAAAAUCUUUAUGAAAUUACGACUCAAACGAUUGGCGCUACCACUGUCAUAAAUACAUGGAACUCAUGACGAAGGAAGAAAGUUAUGCUGAUAGAAGACAGCUCUUUAAGGAUAUUUGGGAUACGGCGAUGCAGAUCGACGACAAAGACGCUGAUAUUAUGAGCAAACCAAAAGUCAUCAAAACACUCAGAUUAGACGAAGUGGACAGAUGCGUGAUAGGCAAGAAGAAGAAGGAAAGAAUAAAGAAUUUGAGAACUGUCUGCAAUAAAAUAUUGGACUUCUGUGACAGACAAGAUGCCGAUGACAUGUUUUAUGAACAGAUUGCUGAAGGGAAAGAACUGUCCGAAAAUAAAGCAGAGUUCAAACUCAAGAAAACAAAACACCGAAGAAAAAAGGUUAAGAAGGCGAAAAUUAUGUUUGCGCCGAAAUCCAGCAGAGGAGACCAACCCUCAACGUCGGAAAAGAAAGAUGACUAUAACAGAAAAUUCGCUAAGGCACUCAGAAAAACUUCACCUCGCAAGGUGAAGAGGACUACUAUAGUGCGGAGGAUUAAAAAACGGCCAUCAAAGGUUAAGUCUGAUUCAGAUACAGAUACCGACGAGAACACCGAACCGGGUAGAGCGAGUGCUCCUCGCCGCAGAGUUGUAAGAAAAAAACGCAGCAAACGAAAAAAGGCGUCCUUACCAAACGUGCCACCACCAAAACCUUCAGGUACUUCGAACUAUGCACGUUAUGUUCCCACUCCAUACACGGGACGUGCGAUUGUGAGGCGUAUCAAACAACUUUUAACAGAAAAUAAAAUAGCAGUUACGUCGUCCACAAAUUGUGGUAAUUGAAAUAUUUUUUUCUCCAUUACUCCUACAGUUUGCCACUGAAAUAUAAGAUAUCGAACAAAA